AUGUCUGAGUUUUUGAACGAGAAUCCUGAUAUACUGGAGGAGAACCAACUUCCCACCAGAAAAGAAGAUAGUAUUAAAGACCUUUUGUUGGGCGGGUUCAGCAAUGAAACUACAUUGGAGAGGAGGAGGCUUUUGCUGGAAAUAGACCAUUCUUUGAAGUCCCAGGUAUUGCAAGAUAUAGAGGUUUUAGACAAGCUUCUUUCCAUUCGAACUCCACCAGAAUUGACGUCUGAUGAAGAUAGUUUGCCAGCAGAAAGCGAGGAGGAAUCCAUGGCAGGUCAAAGAAAGGAGGAAGAAGAACCUGAUCUCAUUGAUGCUCAAGAAAUAUAUGAUUUGAUAGCUCAUAUUUCUGAUCCUGAGCACCCGUUAAGUCUGGGACAACUCUCUGUCGUAAAUUUGGAAGACAUUGAGGUUCAUGAUUCAGGUAACCAGGACGAGAUGGCUGAGGUCGUGAUCAAAAUAACACCAACAAUUACGCAUUGUUCUUUAGCAACGUUGAUUGGUCUGGGGAUACGAGUCAGGUUGGAAAGGUCUCUCCCCCCAAGGUUUAGAAUUACUAUUUUGUUGAAGAAAGGUACUCAUGAUAGUGAAAAUCAGGUAAAUAAACAGCUAAAUGAUAAAGAACGUGUGGCAGCUGCAUGUGAGAAUGAGCAAUUAUUGGGUGUGGUCUCUAAGAUGUUGGUGACUUGCAAGUAA